AUGCGUCUCCUGAACGUUAACACACUACAGCUCGAGUGGUUCCCGGGCGACCAGAAACCGGCCUAUGCUAUUCUCUCCCAUACAUGGGGCACCGAGGAGAUCAUGCUACAGGAUGUUCCCCUCGGACAGUUCAGCGCUACUCGUUUUAUCGAUGCAGCACGUGUCGACCCAGACGUAGUUAAAGCCGCGGCGGCGAGCCUCCGCACAGGCAGCCCUUAUAUAGGAAAUUCUAUGAGAACAAGUCGGUGGUUCACCCGUGGAUGGACGUUGCAGGAACUGCUCGCCCCAACGGAACUGAUCUUUUUCGCCUCUGACUGGUCCAUGAUUGGGACACGCCACGAGUACGCUUGGAUUGUGAGCCACGUAACUGGCGUCGAGCCAAAGUAUCUUGAGAUUCCAGACACUGUUAGUCUUCAGGCGCGCCAGGUAUUGAUAUCCAGCGCUACAAUUGCCCAGCGAAUGCAUUGGGCCUCCAGGAGAACGACCACGCGCGGAGAGGAUAUGUCGUACUGCCUUCUCGGCCUAUUUGGUAUUAACAUUCCGUUGUUAUAUGGCGAAGGCUCCGAGCGAGCUUUCUUUCGUCUUCAAGAAGCUAUUGUCCGAGACCCAACGGUAUUUGAUGUUACACUUCUCGCUUGGGAUAUCGCCAAGCCCAAGGAAAUGUCAUGGGAGGCAGAAAAACUUUCCUACUGGACCCCAGCAGUUCGCUUCCUCAUUCGCACUAGCCAUCCUUGGUACCACCUCCAGCCACCAAAAGAGGACGGUGAUAUACGAGGUCUAUUCGCCCGGUCUGUUCAUUCUUUCUCGGGGUCCCAAGACCUGGUACUGGUCCAGUCAGAUGUUGAAAGAUCACUGACCGACCGAGGUCUGAGCAUCACACUUCCUGCAUCCAGCGAUAGCCAUCCUUACCUCAUUUUGCCCUGCCGUAUGAGACACGAUCCCUGGAGACUACUUGCUAUCCCGAUUGUUCGCCAAGGACUAAAUAUGUACGCUCGAACUUCGCAGGAGGCAACUUUUGUCGAGCACGAUGUUUGGAGUCGCUGGGCCCAUCGUCAGGUGCACUUAAUGGCUCGCGUCAAAGACCUUCCUUUUCGGCCUUUUGAGACGCUUCUGAAAGUCACAAAGAGCGAACCAGCUCAACUGUCUCUGUCCAUACCCAGCCAUCACUUUGAUUUUGUUGGGAUUCGAACCUCCACUGGCUGGUCCCGUCAACACCACCCAGCAGAUACAUUUUUGAUUCCAUAUCGCCCGAGGAAAACGAGUUUAUGGUUCAUUCCACACAAUGCAUUUUUUACACACCAGUCAUUUGGAUGGACUGGAAAUGGAACAUUUGAAUGUGUAACGGCCGUACUGCUGCAGACUUGGCUCAAGAAGACUCGCUUUGCAGUAUUUCUGGAGGCAUAUGAGACCCACUGGUUGCUCAAGCCAUUCCUAGGGCCAAUUGGAAUGUCCGUUUGCUUCCGACCGGAUCUAACAACUUUCGAAGAAGUUGAUCGUGUAUUGCAAGACGGUUCUCGUUCAGACAUGUCAAGCUGGAAUACAAUCACGCUAGAUGACCUUUUAAUCCUCACCUCUAGUUCGUCGAGGUUUGUUACAAGCCUGCCUACUUUGAGGGUUGGGAUCGAGGUGUCCCGGUCCGGUGGUUGGAUGGCUUGGGCCAGAUCUAUAUACCGCGUUGUUGAGCUAUUCGCCGAAUUUAUCAUCAACCCCUCGGUUCCUACAUGGUUCUAUAUCUUGCUCCAGUGGAAAGGGCCAACCAAGGCAGACUGGGACGCCAUGUUGCCCAUCAUGCAUGAUCCUUACGCUCCCGCAGCGAUUUCCAUGCUAUUUUGGUUCAUCGCUCUCCAUCAAGACAUGCCUCUUGUAGCUCAGCUCUUCCCUAGCAGCUCAAAUCUCAUAAGACAGAAUCGAUUUUGGCUGGCUAUCAUUGUCGAUAUAAUCAGCUUCAAAGUUACAUCCUCUAACUCUGUUCACGAUGCAAUAUCCGCAGCUACAGCAGCCAGGCUGUACCUGUAUUAUUACAAACAGCCGAAUAGCGAAAUCACUGGAUAUCAUGCAAAACUGAUGGGCGGUUUUGUGUUCAUUUUUGGAUGGACAGCAAUUAUUACCAUUCAGUUGAAACAUUCCCCGCGCCUUCUCAAUUUUAAUGAGCCUAUAUUGCAUUUUCUUUCCAUGGUGCUGCUGAUGGUUACCCAUACUGCUUCACUCUGCUUUUACUAUUUUAAUUUCUCUCGUUAA